AUGUCGUCCAUCCUGCCUUUCACUCCCCCGAUCGUGAAGCGCCUGCUGGGCUGGAAGAAGGGUGAGCAGAACGGGCAGGAGGAGAAAUGGUGCGAGAAGGCGGUCAAGAGCCUGGUCAAGAAACUCAAGAAGACGGGGCAGCUGGACGAGCUGGAGAAGGCCAUCACCACGCAGAACGCCAACACCAAGUGCAUCACCAUCCCCAGUAGUUGCCCUGAGGUUUGGAGUCCCAGUUCCCUCCUAUCUCUGGGUCAGUGGCAAACCACAGAGCUUUUUAAUUUUAGCCAUUCCAAUAAGUCCCUGGAUGGCCGGUUGCAGGUGUCCCAUCGGAAAGGGCUCCCUCAUGUCAUCUACUGCCGCCUGUGGCGAUGGCCGGACCUGCACAGCCACCACGAGCUGCGGGCCAUGGAGCUGUGUGAGUUCGCCUUCAAUAUGAAGAAGGACGAGGUCUGCGUGAAUCCCUACCACUACCAGAGAGUAGAGACACCAGUUCUACCUCCUGUGUUGGUGCCACGCCACACAGAGAUCCCGGCCGAGUUCCCCCCACUGGACGACUACAGCCAUUCCAUCCCCGAAAACACUAACUUCCCCGCGGGCAUCGAGCCCCAGAGCAAUAUUCCAGAGACCCCACCCCCUGGCUACCUGAGUGAAGAUGGAGAAACCAGUGACCACCAGAUGAACCACAGCAUGGACGCAGGUUCUCCAAACCUAUCCCCGAAUCCGAUGUCCCCAGCACAUAAUAACUUGGACCUGCAGCCAGUUACCUACUGCGAGCCGGCCUUCUGGUGCUCCAUCUCCUACUACGAGCUGAACCAGCGCGUCGGGGAGACGUUCCACGCCUCGCAGCCAUCCAUGACUGUGGACGGCUUCACCGACCCCUCCAAUUCGGAGCGCUUCUGCCUAGGGCUGCUCUCCAACGUCAACAGGAAUGCAGCAGUGGAGCUGACGCGGAGACACAUCGGAAGAGGCGUGCGGCUCUACUACAUCGGAGGGGAGGUCUUCGCAGAGUGCCUCAGUGACAGCGCUAUUUUUGUCCAGUCUCCCAACUGUAACCAGCGCUAUGGCUGGCACCCGGCCACUGUCUGCAAGAUCCCACCAGGAUGCAACCUGAAGAUCUUCAACAACCAGGAGUUUGCUGCCCUCCUGGCCCAGUCCGUCAACCAGGGCUUUGAGGCUGUCUACCAGUUGACCCGAAUGUGUACCAUCCGCAUGAGCUUCGUCAAAGGCUGGGGAGCAGAGUACAGGAGACAGACUGUGACCAGUACCCCCUGCUGGAUCGAGCUGCACCUGAAUGGGCCUUUGCAGUGGCUUGACAAGGUCCUCACCCAGAUGGGCUCCCCAAGCAUCCGCUGUUCCAGCGUGUCUUAGAGACAUUAAGUGUGGUAGGGGAGGGCGGGCUUGGGGGAAACGGCCAUGCAGGAGGUGGAGAAAAUUGGAACUCUACUCAACUCAUUGUUGUCAAGGAAGAAGAAAUCUUUCUCCCUCAACUGAAGGGGUGCACCUACCUGUUUUCGGAAACACACGAGCAAACCCAGAGGUGGAUGUUAUGAACAGCUGUGUCUGCCAAACACAUUUACCCUUUGGCCCCACUGUGAAGGGCAGGAAAUGGCGUCUGCUCUGGUGGCUUAAGUGAGCAGAACAGGUAGUAUUACACCACCGGCCCCCUCCCCCCAGGCUCCUUUUUUGAGUGACAGCUUUCUGGGCUGUCACGGUCCAACCAGAAACGCCCCUCUGUCUAGGACUGCAGUGUGGAGUUCACCUUGGAAGAGCGUUCUAGGUAGGAGGAGCCCGCAGGGGCCAUGCGGACCUCACGCCCAGCUCUCUGAUGUUUGUGACGGUGCCUCUUCCAAUGAACAUUCCCAGCCCAGCCCCAGCACUCCAGCAGACCCUGCCCCUCGUGAGCUGGAUAGACCUGGGGUGGGGAGGGAGGGAGUUUGUCUCCCUCCCCUCUCAGAACGUACUGAUUGGAAGGCGCGUGUUCAGCAGAACCUGCACACAGGACAGCGGGAAAAAUUGAUGAGCACCACCUCUUUAAAAACUCACAUGCGUUUGUCCUUUUUCACUUUGAAAAGUUGGAAGGAUCUGCUGAGGCCCAGUGCGUAUGCAGUGUAUAGUGUCUAUUAUCACAUUAAUCUCAAAGAGAUUCGAAUGAUGGUAAGUGUCCUCAUGAAGCAGGAGGCCCCUGUCGUGGGACGGCGUUUGGUCUCAGGCAGCACCGCACUGGGCGCGUCUCCAGUCAUCUGUAAGAGCUCGCUCCAGAUUCUGAUGCAUACGGCUAUAUUGGUUUAUGUAGUCAGUUGCAUUCAUUAAAUCAACUUUAUCAUAUGCUCUUUUAAA